AUGAACGUGUCUGCGUCGUCUGGUUUAUGUUCGCUGCCAGAAGACGUGGCAAUCAACUGCCUGGCUAAGGUCUCGAGAUUUGACCUAGCGGUCUUGGCUAUGUCCUCAAAGAGCCACCGCGCUCUCGUAUCUUCCCCAAAGCUCUUGGAACAGAGACGGCGGAUGGGUUGCAUGGAGCCGUGUCUCUACGUAUGCUUGCAAAUCUCUGGUAACCCACGCUGGUUCGUCCUAAACCCUCACCACCGUCGCCUGAACCCUAUCAUCCCUUGGAACCCAAGUCAGGCUCCGGAACUAUCCUCUUUCGUGGUGGUGGAUGGAGGUAUCUACGUUUUGGGUGGACUCAUAAACGGGCGUCGCACCAGUGAUGUAUGGUUCCUAGAUUGUUCCACUCACACGUGGAACCGUGCCCCGUCGAUGAAGAAGCCUCGUGCUUCCGCGUCGGCGAACCUCAUCGACGGGAAGAUAUACGUUUGUGGUGGGUGUAGAGAAGAGGAAGCUAUUGCCACACACUGGGUGGAUGUUUUCGAUCUAAAGAGUCAAACCUGGGGUACCUGUUUUUCCCCUAAGAUGACAAGAAGCAGUUUCCACCAGAGUGCGGUGAUCGAGGAGGAGAAGACGGUUUACGCGGUUAACAAGGAGGGUGAAGGUUACUACAUGUGCCCAAGUAAGAAAUGGGAAGGGACAUGGGGUGUGAGAAGAGACCCUUUUUCAGGAACCAGGGAGGAUUGGUGUGCUACAAGGAAGGUUUUAUUCUGUCGUGCUCCUGCCGGGAGAAUACUAUGGUGUGAUCCUCACGACUUCCAUUGGAUACAAGUCAAUGGUGUGGACGCGUAUCAUGAGUUCCGUUGGAAACAAGUCGAGGGUUUGGAAGCGUAUUGUGCUAUUCAGAUAUGCAGACUCUGCACCAACUCUGCUGGCAACAUUGUCAUCUUCUGGAAGGUUUCCCCGAGACUGCUUUGGUCUGCCGAGAUUUCUUUACAACGUGUGGCAGGAGAGAUUUGGGGUAAGGUCGAAUGGUCCGAUGCUGUUUUCAAACUUGAUGAUACUUUCUCAUCUGGUUUUCAAGUCUUAUACUCUGCUUCUGUUCUUGUCUCUGCUAAAUGA